AUGGUACAUAAAUACCAAUCGCCGGUCCGGGUUUACAAGUACCCGUUUGAACUUGUGAUGGCGGCCUAUGAAAGGAGGUUUCCUAUCUGUAAAAUGAUUCCUGUAUUUCUGGGCAGUGAGAUCCUCUAUGACCACACCAGUGACGGAGGAGCAAUACAUAUUAUUCACAGGAAGUGUAAAUUGGAUGUCGAUGCCCCUUACAUUUUGAAAAAGCUUGCUGGCGUUGACUAUGUCUAUUUCAUGCAAUGCAACACUCUGGACCGACGCAAUCGAACACUGAAAAUAGAAGCCCACAAUGAAAGUUUUGCCUCUAGAGUCACUGUCAAUGAAACUUGUAUCUAUUCAGUUCAUCCUGAAAAUCCCAACUGGACUUGUUUUGAACAAAGUGCCAGUUUAGAUGUUAAGUCUUUCUUUGGCUUUGAAAAUACACUGGAAAAGAUUGCAAUGAAACAGUACACUAUCAACAUCAAGAAGGGUAAAGAAGUGAUAGAAUAUUACAUCAAUGAACUGCUGAAGGAAAACAUCACCUACAUCCCUCCCUGGACGGAGAGCCCAACAGAUAAAGAAGGUGCUAAUGAAGAGGCAAGUUUAGCUAAAGGGGUCAAAGCAAUAAGCUGCCAAGAUGGUAAUGCCUUAGCACGGAGUGGAAGCACUUCCAGUCAAGAAAGCCGCAAAAGUGAUGGUCAGGCACACAUAGAAACUACGACACCCAUGACAGAAGAGCAACGACUUCAAGCUGAGCCAUCAAGUGUAGAGACUGCCGAACAGAAAGUCAAAAAAUAUGUGAAGACAGAACUGUCUGUGAAUUCAGGAAAACUGGAAGCAGAAUACAUUCAACGCUGUCUUGGACAUCUGACUCCUGUUCAAGAAAGUCAGCUUGUACAACUUCGUCAAUGCUUGCAGGAAACUCACAAGGGCAAGAUCCCUAAAGAUGCUCAUAUUCUCCGUUUUUUACGGGCUCGGCAAUUCAACAUCGAGAAAGCCAGAGAAAUGUUAGUACAUUCUCUUGCAUGGCGAAAAUUGCAUAACAUAGACCACCUUUUGGAAAACUAUCAGCCAUCCCCUGUUAUUCAGAAGUAUUACCCAGGAGGUUGGCACUUCUCAGACAAAGAUGGCCGUCCAAUGUACAUACUAAGACUUGGACAGAUGGAUGUUAAAGGCCUGAUGAAAGCUGUCGGUGAAGAAGCAGUAUUAAAACAUGUCAUUGCUGUCAAUGAAGAAGGUGUUCGCAGAGCAGCUACUGCAACUGAACAAUUGGGCUAUCCAGUUAGUGGUUGUACAUGUAUCAUGGAUCUCGAAAACCUGAGCAUGCGUCAUCUUUGGCGCCCAGGUAUUCGAGCAUUGCUUCGAAUCAUUGAGAUGGUCCAAGCCAAUUAUCCUGAAACAAUGGGUCGUUUGCUCAUCGUACGUGCUCCGAGAGUCUUUCCAGUCCUUUGGACUUUGGUCAGUCCCUUCAUUGACGAGAACACUCGGACAAAGUUUAUGAUCUUUGGUGGUAAUGACUACCAGGGACCCGAAGGAAUUACAGAGUUCAUUGAUAAAAACUACAUCCCAGACUUCCUUGGUGGAGAUUGCUUUGGCUGCAAAAGUGGUGAAGAUUCUGAGUUGGAGACUACGGUGAAUAUUUUACAUCCACUCUACUUGCUACUACACAUAACUUGA